AUGGCUUCUACGGUGAAUGAAACUAUCGAGACUCGGCUGUUCAUCAACGAUGAGUUCCGAGAAUCGUCUAGUAGCAAAACAUUCGAGGUGGUAUAUCCAUACACCAAAGAGGUCGUUGCGCAAGUCCAAGAAGCAGACAUACAGGACGUAGAGGAUGCUGUUAGUGCUGCCAACGCAGCUUUCCCCGCAUGGCGAGAUCUAGGCACCGAAAAGCGCGGCGCGUACCUGGGCAAACUAUCCCAGCUCAUUUUAGAAUCAAACAACGAGCUGGCAAAGCUCGAGACACUCUCCACUGGCCGACCUAUCUCGCAGUUCUUCGACGCUAGUUUCGCAGCUCAGUUCUUCGGGUACUUCGCUGGCGGCGGUUGGACCGUGCAGGGGACGGCCAGCCUCAACACGCCGGAUCACUUGAAUCUGACCGUCAAGCAACCAUAUGGUGUGGUGGCGCUUAUCAUCCCGUGGAACUUCCCGCUUAUCAUGUUUGCCUCGAAGAUGGCAUCGGCGCUGGCGGCAGGCAAUACAGUUGUGCUGAAGAGCAGCGAGAAGGCGCCGUUGACGUCUCUCUAUGUAGCCAAGCUGAUUAAGAAAGCCGGCUUCCCUUCCGGAGUGGUCAACAUCAUCUCUGGCUUCGGCAAUCCUACUGGAGCGGCGCUAGCCUCGCACAUGACCGUCCGCUGUAUCAGCUUCACCGGCUCCUCGGCAACGGGUCAGAAGAUCCAGGCGGCAGCUGCAAAGUCAAAUAUGAAGCACGUACACAUGGAGCUAGGCGGGAAGUCACCGGCGAUUAUCUUCGAAGACGCAGACCUGGAGACAGCUGUUGCGCAGACACAGUUCAGCAUCCAGUUCAAUAGUGGACAAGUGUGCUCGGCAAACUCACGGAUCUAUGUGCACGAGCCAGUGGCUAAACAAUUCACUGAGCUGUUCCGUGAGAAAUUUGCUGCUGUCCGGAUGGGUGAUCCCCUCGACCCUGCUACGUCGCAUGGUCCGCAGAUUGAUGUGCUGCAGUAUAACCGGAUCAAAGGAUACCUUGAUAUUGGGGAGAAGGAUGGGACACUCAGUCUGGGUGGUGAUGCAAAUGACGGGUUCUUUGUGCGGCCGACUAUUUUUGAGGGCGUUGCUGAAGAUUCGCGGCUGAUGCAAGAGGAGGUCUUUGGUCCGGUUGUCGCGAUCAAUACUUUUUCUACCGAGACUGAAGCGAUUGAAAAGGCCAACAAUUCAGAGUUUGGCCUGUACGCUGCUGUCUUUACCAAGGAUAUUGAUCGCGCCGUUCGUUUGGCUAAGGCUCUGGAUGCGGGUACUGUUGGGGUGAACUGCACUAGCCCGACGAAUGCUCUGGAUACUGCGUUUGGUGGACUCAAGAUGAGUGGGAAUGGCCGAGAGGGGCUUCUGUAUAGCCUUGACAGUUUCCUUGAGACCAAGAGUAUCUUGAUCAAAACAGCACGUUUGUGA